AUUCUCCCCUUAUCAGCACGGAAAGUGCCUUGGAGCAUAGCCCUCUCCGCCCGUAAUGGACACUCGGCGACAAUCUACUCUGCAGUUCAUUGGUAGGACGCUGUCGCACACGUCUGAUUUGCGGCUUGCGUCGCAAUGCCACAGUGCCAAGAAGUGAUACCAGUAAACCGUCGGCCUUGGCUUCAUUCUUGGUAACUGCCUCUUAUGGCGACGAGCAUUUCGUAUAUCGAGGGGUAAGUCGUGAUUCCAGAGCCCACCGGGCUGGGUUAUAAGACCUGGUGCCUCCCACUGUUGAAUUGAGAGGACCUCUACGUUCUAGUAGCAAUUGCGUUGUAUUACUUGCCAUAACCGUGGACAUUACGGGUAUUAUGGCGGCCAUGGAAACCAAAGAUAGUCUUGGGGUCACGCAUGGGACUAAGAAGGCUGCUGAGGCCAUCUCUAAUGCUGACAAGGCCUCCAACGCAUCAUUUGAUGUUGACAAGCCUUUUCCCACCGAAGAAGAGUUUGCUACCCUUCCUAGAGUUCCUGGGAGGAUUCCUUGGACCGCCUGGACUGUAGCAGCCGUCGAAUUUGCUGAGAGAUUCUCUUAUUAUGGCACUACUGCUGUUUUCGUCAACUUCAUUCAGAAGGACCUCCCACGAGGAUCAACAACGGGUGCUGGCUUCCUCGUUAAGCCAGGGUCUGGUGCCUUGGGAAUGGGACAGCGUGCUUCCACUGGACUGACUACCUUCAACAACUUCUGGUCUUAUAUUACGCCAUUGUUUGGUGCCUACGUUGCUGAUCAGUACUUCGGACGCUACCUUACCAUUCAAUAUGCCAUCUGUUUUGCACUUGUUGGACACGUCAUUUUGAUCAUAUCCGCAAUUCCACCGGUCAUUGUCCACCCAAACGCAGCCAUCGCUCUUUUCUCAGUCGGACUUGUGAUUAUGGGACUUGGAACCGGUGGAUUCAAGUCUAACAUUUCACCCUUGAUUGCUGAGCAAUACAAGGAUGAGAAAGCCUACGUGAGGAUAAAUAAGAAAGGCGCAAAAGAGAUCGUGGACCCUGCGACGACGACUGCUCGUAUCUACCUCUACUUUUACCUCUUGAUCAACAUCGGGUCCUUUUCUGGUUCGCUCGCCAUGGUUUACUCGGAGCACUAUGUCGGGUUCUGGUUGUCAUACCUUCUACCGACUAUUGUUUUCUGUCUUUGCCCCGCCAUUCUGUUUUACUUCAAGGCAGAUUAUAACCUAUCCCCUCCGACUGGAUCUGUUAUGGCCAAAGCAUACAAGCUUAUUAGACUUGCAUGCAAAGGCAAAUGGUCCUGGAACCCCAGUACCACAAAAAAGAAUUUCAGUGACCCCGACUUUUGGAAUAAGGUAAAGCCAAGCAACAUUCCUCUUACUACUCGGCCUGCUUGGAUGACCUUCGAUGAUGGAUGGGUGGAUGAAGUUCGCCGUGGAUUGUUGGCGUGCAAGGUGUUCUUGUGUUAUCCUCUCUACUGGCUUGCAUACAACCAGAUGACUGGCAACUUAGUGUCUCAGGCAAACACCAUGAACCUCGGCAAGGUCCCCAACGAUAUUGUCUCGAAUCUGAACCCUAUUUUCAUUAUUAUUGUCAUCCCCCUCAUGGAUUUCAUUGUUUAUCCUGGACUCCGAAAGAUGGGCAUCAACUUCACGCCCAUUAAGAAGAUUACGGCCGGUUUCAUGCUCGCAUCCCUGGCCAUGGUAUCCGCCUGCGUGACACAAUACUACAUCUACAAAAUGUCACCCUGCGGAAAUCAAGUCAACGCCCUAUCUAAGUCGGGACGCAAGGAUUGCAACGCUUCCUUCACUGUCUGGAUCCAAGUCUUCCCAUACGGCCUGAUCGGCCUAUCUGAGGUCAUGGCCUCCAUUACCAAGCUCGAGUACGCAUAUACCAAAGCCCCCAAAAACAUGCGUUCUUCCAUCCAAGCGUUCGCUCUUUUCACGAACGCCGUUUCCAGUGCUCUCGGCCAGGCUCUUACGGCUUUGAGUGAGGAUCCGCUUUUGGUCUGGAAUUAUGGCAGUGUUGCUGUCAUUGCAGCUCUGGGCGGAGUUGGCUUCUGGAUGACGUUCCGCAACGCAGAUAAGGAUGAAGAUAUGCUGAAUAACUUGAAGCAAAGUUUGUUUGAGGGCAGGGGGGAUGGCGACGAGGAGAAUGUUGUCAUUAACGCGGUUGAUAGGGUGGGUGAGAAGGGCGAGGAGAAGUGGGUCGAUGUAAAGGGUAGGGAGAAGACUACGCUGUGAUAUGGAUAGUUGGAUAGUUAGGAUAGUUAGGAUAGUCAGAACUAUCUAACUAUCCGAACUAAUCGUUGGGACCGCCUGUUGCUUCGCUCACAGUCGGAGGAAGCGAAUGUCCCCGGGUGUAAUGAUGUACGGUUACGCUCGCGCUACAUCCCACUAGCCAAAAAGACUACAGUAUUCCGGCUCGCCCGGAAUACGCGUAACACGCUUUAUAUACCACAUGUACUGUAACGGCGGCACCCGUUACACCGGGUAAGCAAGUGUCCCCUCUCAGGGCAAAAUAAGUAGGUAUGAAGUAUGAAAUUGCUAUUUUGAUGGGCUACUUAACAAUGGAGUAAACUUAUCUUUCCAUACUUGAAGUUGCUUCUCUGAAUUCUUUAACGUAGGUAGCAAAGGUUGUGUUUCAUCCUCU